GUCGAAAUGGACCGAGUAGAUGGGGGCAUUGUCGUUGUGCCACGAAAUGAGCAACGGGGUGGCCUUCAUGGUGAGCACGGCAGCUCAAUGAGGGCCCCUGGGGAGUAACGGAGAGGACUACAGCUCUUCUUGCGCGCAGGGGAAGAGCUUGAUGAUAUUGUAUGCUGACAGUGGAAAGGGUGUGAGAUCGCCACAGCAAGAGGAAGCGAGAAGGGGUAAUGAUCGGAGGAGGGAGCCGUUCGUAGAGAAGGUUAAUUUAUUGCUUGGAGCAACGAGAGGAAUCAAUCGAUCAAUCAGUCAAUUAAUCAGGUGCCGCGGAGCACGACCAGUCGAGGGACGGAGGAUUCCAGUGGGGACACAAAAGAAAGGGAUAGAUCCGGUGAAGGUGGCCAGGGAGUGAGUAGUCACAAAGUCGUAUCGAGGAAAGUUGAAUGGGAAGAGAAAAAGAGGGCCCAGCGACAGAG